AGUUGUUAAAGAAAUAUUGUAGGCAUUGAACGCUGCCAGAGAUAAUGUCGAUUCGCUCUGCCCGACGAUAAACCCUUAACACGAAAUAUAAAAUCCGAAAAAAAAGGAAAAUUGAAUUUCCUAAUCAAAUUAUUAAUAUAGUCUAUUAAAUAUGUUAACAGAAUAUUCGGGGAAUUUAUCGCAUCCGCUGGAAUUCGGCCAUGUGCUGGAAAUCGUGGCCAAAACAAUCGAUGGAGCAGCCAGAUUCCAUAUCAAUCUCUGCACGGCCAAGUCAUCGGUGAAUCCCGAUGCGGACAUUGGGCUGCGGUUCUCCUGCUAUUUUCGCAAUGAUAUGAUCGUGCGCAAUUCCCGCAUGCACGGCGUCUGGGGCGAGGAGGAGUCCCAUGUCGAUGACAAUAUCAAUCUGCCCAAUCCUAUAGUCAGCGGGGAGUUCUUUAUGGUCUAUAUUCUGGCCGCUGACGAGUGCUUUCACAUUUCGAUCAAUAGCCGCGAGUUCUGCACAUUUCGAUAUCGUUUGCCUCUGAGCUCGAUUCGUGCGGUCGAGAUACGCGAUCAAAUACAGGUGAUCAAACAGGUAGAUCAUCGCACCGUCUUCCCCAAUCCCUGGCCGGCCAUACACGCCUCGGACUACUUCAAGGCCUUCAGCAACGACCAGCCGAUACUCUUUAGCCCCGGCCAUGUUAUUGUCAUCACAGCGCGCUGCUUCGCGAAUAAACGUGGCCAAUUUAUUAUCAAGUUUACGGACUCCGACACGAAGCGCGAGGAACUGCACUUUAGCGUGCGAUUCGACGAGAAGGCUGUGAUUCGCAACACCAUGAACAAGAAUUUUGAGUUUGGAAUCGAGGAGCGGCAUGGGGGCUUUCCCUUCGUCUUCAAUCAGCAAUUUAAAUUGGCCUUGGCUUUCACGGAACGCGAGGUAUUGACCGCCGUGGAUGGGUUCAAUUUCUUUAGCUACGCCUGGCGCACACCGAAUGCCAUGAUGAACCUCGUGGGCUUCAAGGUGACUGCAAUCAAUGGCUUGGUCAUUCAAAUCACAGGCGUCGAUCACGUACAAACGGGCGACACGACGUGCGCAGGAUUUGAGAAAUACUCGAGACAUGAUUACGAGUGCGCUUAGUAUAUUUUAAGAUUUGCUUAAAGUAAAAGUAGGCUCUGCUACUAUUUACUAUAUAAAAUAUUUUAGUAUAUGGAAUAGAAUGCUAUAUAUAUGGCAUAUACUACUAUAUUGUAUAUACUACUAUUUGUAAUAUACUAUGUACAAUAUAUAUACUACUAUUUGUAGUGUCCUGAUAUAUAAUCUGUGGUAUGCCUCAGUAUGUAUAUACUAAAUAAUUUAUGAUAAUGUACAAUAUAUAAAAUGCUAAUAUACUACUAUAUGCCAUAUAUAAUUAUAUACCAUAUACAGCCUUAUUCAAUAUACUACUUAAACUGUAUAUACUAUUAGCUUGUAUAUAUUUAUUAAUAAAGUCUGAGUUUUUGUUAAA